ACUUUGCACCCACGAGGGAAAGAGGGAGGAAAGGUUUUGGGGGAAGAAAGGCUGCACACGUGUCAGCAGCCAGAAGCUUGACCUUGGUCACUGCCACUUCCCAACUCUAUACUGGACCAUGAAGACAUGGCAGGAGAUUUUUGCAGAGAAGGCUGUGAGCAUGAAAUUAAUGGAUCCAUGGACAUUUCAGGAGGAUAACAGCCUGCAGGUGCACAGGCUCAAGCCUGGCUGGACGGAGUUUUUGCAGAACCAUGUGUCUGGGAGGUUUCAGUGCUCACAGUGCCUGUACAGGUGGUCCUCAGCCAAAGUGCACAUCCUCUUCCACGUGUGCUAUGGGAUGGUGCUGAUGCGAAUCUUCCGUCAAGCCUGCAGGCAGUGCCCAGACCCCCCGCUGGAGGAGCCCAUAUUCAGCCUGGAGAACAUAGAGCGACUCCUGCACAACCUGGUGCUGAAGAUCCUUGAGGACUUCUACAACAUGCCCAUGCUGUCAGCCGACCUCCUGGAAGUGGUGGUGGAUGGGUGUCAUGCAUCAGGGCCACACGACAGGACUCACUGUGAGGGCUGCAGGCUCGGUGUCUGCAGGAAGCCGAGACAAGCCAUGGAACCUGAUGCUGGGAAGACCAAGAUGGGUGUGAGCAAAGCCCAGAAGACCAAGAUGGAUGUGGACAAGGCCUGGAAGACUACGAUGGAAGAAGACAGGGGCUGGAAGAUCAAGAUAGAUGUGAACGAGGCUUGGAAGACCAAGAUGGCUGCGGACAAGGCUCGGAAGUCCAAGGUGGGCAGGCACAAGGCCUGGAAGCCCAUGGAAGAUGCGGACAAGGCUGUCUUGAUCACGAGGUCACCAGAGCAAGUUGUAGGUGGUGGCUUUCCCUGGAAACGCUGCUGCUGCGUGGGCUUAUCUGUUCUCUGUAUUUUGGCAGCACUCCUCUUUGCCCUGCUUUAUUUCCUCUUGUGGUAGUGGGAGCUGGUGCUUGUGAUCACUGGGAUGCUGGCUGAGGGUGGUGGUAAUGGAAAGGAUGGAAAACUGACUGGAAAAUUGGAUGCUCUGGCAUGGCAAGGCUCCCCCAGCUCACAGGUGACAGCCACCAGCACCAUGUCAAGGCACCUUGUCUCCAGCCCAGGGGAGCCCAGAAGGCCUGAUGGUUUCUUAUGGGGCAUGUUCUGCAUGAGGAUGGUCCCCAAUUCCUCACACAAAGGAUGGAGUGUUCCUGCAGGAAUAAAGCAGCUCUUUGUCCUCAGCCCAAGAUGCAUCUGUGCUUUUUAACUUCUCAAAAGCCUUUUCUGAAUAUA